AUGACAACAACAACAGCUCGACCCUGUGGUGUUAUUACAUGUGAAAUUGCUUCUUGUGCUAUGUGUCACUGUUGCCAAAACGAUUUAUGUCUCGAUCAUUUAAAAGAACACAAAGACUGUCUCAAUGAAAAAUUGAUUCCAUUAACUAAUCAAAUCAAUACAGUUUUGGAUAAACUGGAGCAUAUUACACCGACUUCUUUACCUAAUUUUAUAAUGCUUGAACAAUGGCGCAAUGCAGCUCAUCAAACAAUUGCUCGAUACUACCAACACAUGCGAGCUGAGCUGUUUGAACAUGCUAAAACAAAACCACUCGAAAAACUUCAUGCAACACGAAAUACACUGGAACAACUUAUUCGAAUGCAAGGAGCUACCCGUGAAAAUAUCGAUAUAUUGACCAAAGAUAUUGAACUGAUUGACAAAAAUUUUAAUGAUCUUCAAAAGAUUUCGAUUAAUUUACGUCCUUUAGUUAUUGAUAAAAAUACUAUUAAUCAAUCAAAUCCUUCCGACAAAUUACAACAUGAAUCUAAGAGAAAGAAGUUAUCAGUAGACCCUUUGGUUGAACAAAAUGAACUUGAAGCACUUCAAAAUGGAAUUGCUUUUCAAAUCUUUGUUGAACUAGAGAUUGGUAAACAAAUAGUUUUAGUGGUAAAACCAUCAGAUACAAUUAUAGAAGUUAAACACAAAAUUUUCAAUAAACUAGGCAUACCAAUAGAUGAACAACGUCUUAUACAUAUGGGCAAAAUUCUCAUAGACAAUUACAAUAUUGCUACUUAUGAUAUUCGAAGUCUAACAGCUAUAUAUUUUGCUCGAGCACGAAAAGAGUAA